CGCCUACAGACGCUUGACCUGUCCCGGGAGAGUCACCUGCAAAGAAACCUGAGCUCCUGAUGAAAGGCUAUAAAUCUCAAGGCCAGCCCUGGGGACAUGACGAUCCCUAGAGCCUCUCGCAGAGGACUGGACAGCAUGGCCGUGGGCCCUGCCUUGUGGUUGGGCCCUCUGCUCCUGGUUUCCCUCUGGGGGUCCUCAGCUCCAGCUUCUCUUCUUAGGCGUCUCAGUGAGCACAUUCAGCGGUUUCAGGAGAGCUCUGUCCUGAGCCUGAGUCUGGACCCGGCGGUUGCAUCCCUCCCUAAAGAGGGAUGGCUGGAGCAGCCACUGGACCCCUUCAACGCAUCUGACAGGAGGUCCUUCCUACAGCGGUACUGGGUAAACGACCAGCAUUGGACCAGCCAGGAUGGACCCGUAUUCUUGCAUCUGGGAGGUGAGGGCAGCCUUGGGCCAGGCUCAGUGAUGAGAGGGCACCCUGCAGCCCUGGCCCCAGCCUUGGGCGCUCUGGUGAUAGGCCUGGAACACAGAUUUUAUGGCCUGAGUAUACCUGCUGGGGGUCUGAACAUGGCCCAACUCCGCUUCUUGUCCAGUCGCCAUGCGCUGGCCGACGUGGUCUCCGCGCGCCUCGCGCUCUCCCGCCUCCUCAACGUCUCCGCCUCCAGCCCCUGGGUCUGCUUCGGAGGCUCCUACGCCGGCUCCCUGGCCGCCUGGGCGCGGCUGAAGUUCCCGCAUCUCCUCUUCGCCGCGGUCGCCUCCUCGGCCCCGGUGCUGGCCGUGCUGGAUUUCUCCGCGUACAACGAGGUGGUGUCCCGGAGCCUCACGAGCGCGGCCAUCGGCGGGUCCCCGGAAGUAGGAGUGGGCCAGUCCCGGGGGGCGCUGGUGGGCGGCGCGGUGCAGUACGACCGGCAGGCGGGGGCGCCGCUGAGCGUGCGACGGCUCUGCGGGUUUCUCCUCGAGGGCAGGGGCAAUGGCAGCCGCCCCGGGCCCUACCGCGGGCUGCGCCGGGCCGUGCAGGUUGUCAUACACAGCCUGGGCCAGAGGUGUUUAAGCUUUUCCCGAGCAGAGACAUUGGCGCAGCUGAGGGUCACAGAACCCCAAGUGUCCGGUGUGGGUGACCGGCAGUGGUUGUACCAGACUUGUACUGAGUUUGGCUUCUAUGUCACCUGUGAGGAUCCUGGAUGUCCUUUCUCCAGGCUCCCAGCACUGCCCUCCCAGCUAGAGUUGUGUGAGCAGGUGUUUGGGCUUUCACCCUCCUCCAUAGGCCAGGCUGUGGCCCAGACAAACUCCUACUAUGGCGGCCAGACCCCAGGGACCACCCAGGUGCUGUUCGUUAAUGGGGAUGCAGACCCCUGGCAUGUGCUAAGUGUAACACAGGCCUUGGGGCCCUCAGUUUCAGCCAUUCUCAUCCCUAGUGCCUCUCACUGCUUGGAUAUGGCACCUGAGAGGCCCUCAGAUUCCCCUAGCCUCCUCCUAGGGCGCCAGAGCAUCUUCCAGCAGCUGCAGACCUGGCUCAAGCUGGCAAAGAGCCGGGUUUGAGAUGGGGUCUGAGCCCUAUGCAUUCUCAGGCCAGGACAUAUUUAUUCACUGAACGGGAGAAAGCGGCUUGUUUAGAAAGAGGAAAUUCCCAGGAAUUGGGAUUUGGUACCUGUUCUGCAUAUAACUGACUUGUGUCUACAACCAUCCUCACUGCCAACUAAAACUGCCCUGUUACAGACAGAGUUCCAUAAAUAUAAGUGGAUGAUUAUUCUCAUUGUGAAUGUUAUUAUUUUAAUGACAAAUGUCAGAGAAAUGUCACUCUUUAUGCUGGUGCCCUCCCCCUGCUAAUCAGAUUCUGGCUCAAAUUCAGCUCAGCUCCCAGGCUGGGCGCCUUCUGCACAUCUCUCUCUGGACCCUGGGCCCUGCUUCUCACUCUGAUCAUUGAAAGACAUCAUUAGGAAAUGGAAAGACAACCAAAAGGCUGAGGGAAGCAUGCACAUACGUGCACAAAGGACUUGGGUCCAGAUUAUUCAAAGAACUCCCAGAAACCAAUAAUAAAAAGACAAGUGAAUAAGAAAUGGGCAAAACACUUGGAUAACCACUUCAAUUAAAAACACAUGGAUGGCCAGUAAUCCCACAAAAAAAGAUGCCCAACCUGCUUACUCAUUAGAGAAAUGCGAAUUAAACCACAUGAAAUACUGCUUUACACCCAGUUGAGUUACAAGCA